AUGCUUCGAUCAGUCCGCGUAGCCGGCCCCGCAGCCCGCGGCAGCCUUGGUGCGCGUGUGCCGAGGACAGCCAUCGGCCCUCUGAGCACAUGUCUGAAAGCAGGAUCUAACCCAUGGUCCCAAAACGUACCUCUGUCGUCACUUACAAACCGCUCGGCAACCUCCACGACUCAACACCAGAGAUACUUCCACGGCAGUGCGACAAGGAUGGCGGCCAACACCAGAACCGAGAGCGAUGCCUUUGGCGAGAUCCAGGUGCCGGCCGACAAGUACUGGGGAGCGCAGACGGAGCGCUCCCUCUCCAACUUUCGCAUCAACCAGCCGCAGGACCGCAUGCCGCCGCCCAUCGUCCGGGCGUUCGGUAUCCUCAAGGGGGCUGCGGCGACGGUGAACAUGCGCUAUGGACUUGACCCCACCAUCGGCAAGGCCAUCCAGCAGGCCGCGAAGGAGGUCGCGGACCUCAAGCUAAUCGACCACUUUCCCCUCGUCGUCUGGCAGACCGGCUCGGGAACGCAGUCUAACAUGAACGCCAACGAAGUUAUCAGCAACCGCGCAAUCGAGAUUCUCGGCGGCACCAUGGGCACGAAGAAGCCGGUGCAUCCCAACGAUCACGUCAACCGGUCUGCCUCGUCCAAUGACACCUUCCCGACCGUCAUGCACAUCGCGGCCGUCCUGGAGAUUGAGGGAGAGCUGCUUCCCGCAUUGCGCAGCCUGCGCGCUGCCCUGCAGGGCAAGGUGGACGAGUUCGAGGCCAAAAAGAUCAUCAAGAUCGGCCGCACUCACCUCCAGGACGCCACACCGCUCACCCUGGCCCAGGAGUUCAGCGGCUAUGUCGCGCAGCUCGACUUUGGCAUCAAGCGCGUCGAGAGCACUCUGCCGGACCUGCGCCUCCUGGCCCAGGGCGGCACGGCCGUCGGAACGGGCAUCAACACCUUCGAGGGCUUCGCCGAGGCGAUCGCGGAGGAGGUCAGCAAAAUGACAGGCACCGAGUUCAAGACGGCGCCGAACAAGUUCGAGUCUCUGGCCGCGCACGACGCCGUCGUGCAGGCGCACGGCAGCCUCAACACGCUCGCGGCGUCGCUCAGCAAGAUCGCAAACGACAUCCGGUACCUCGGCAGCGGCCCGCGGUGCGGCCUGGGCGAGCUGAACCUGCCCGAGAACGAGCCCGGCAGCUCCAUCAUGCCGGGCAAGGUCAACCCGACGCAGUGUGAGGCGCUGACCAUGGUGUGCGCCCAGGUCAUGGGCAACCACGUGGCGUGCACGAUUGGCGGCAUGAACGGGCAGUUUGAGCUCAACGUCUACAAGCCGCUGAUUAUUCGCAACCUGCUGCACAGCAUCCGGCUCCUGGCCGACGGCAUGCGCAGCUUCGAGAAGAACCUGGUCGUCGGCCUCCAGGCCAACGAGGAGAAGAUUUCGAGCAUCAUGAAGGAAUCGCUCAUGCUGGUCACCUGCCUCAACCCCAAGAUCGGCUACGACAUGGCCAGCAAGGUGGCCAAGAACGCGCACAAGAAGGGUCUGACGCUCAAGGAGAGCGCCAUGGAGCUGAAGGCGCUGACUGAGGAGGAGUUUGAUCAGCUCGUGAGGCCCGAGCUCAUGAUCGGGCCCAAGCCGUACAAGGGCUAG